GGAAAAAGGCCAUAAAAGUGCUGCUCUGUUGAUCCUGAGGUCAGAAGGUUGCCAUGGUAACACCAGGUCUAUGCACAUCCUGGUUAAGAGCCCUGCGGGGGUCGUGUGUCACAGCCAUCCUGCUCAUUACUGGGUCGACUGGGUUAGUCUGCUACACGGCCGUGGAAUCGCUGGACUUAGGCUGCCUCCUGCGGUGGGAUUGUCCCCACGCCAGCCCUAAUACCACCUACACCGUACAGACAAAGACACACGGGGACCCAUGGCAGGAUGUCUCGUGGUGCGUUUGGGUGUCCUCCCAUAGCUGUGAUGUCUCUCCGGCCUUCUCAAAUUUUGAACUUUACAACAUGAUCCGCUUGGGCGUCCACCUCAGCACCAGCUCCACCGUGUGGAUCAAACCACACAAGUUUGACUACACUGACUUCACCUUCAGUCCUCCGUCUGUGUCCGUCUCGGUCCAAGGGCAGCAGCUGGUGGUGAAGGUGCAGUUCCCCUGUGCUGCCAACAGGAGGUGCUCUAUGGAGCGCUGCUGUCCCAUCACUGAACUCAUUGACCCCUGGACCACCGUGACCCUGUACAACACCCUCAACUCUGAACACCAGAGUCGUACCAUCUGGACCCAGGAGGCCAUGUGUUAUGUAGAGUUUUCUGGUCUGGUUCCAGGUCAGAACUACUGUGCUGUGGCCAACUUCUCAUUCCCAACCUUCGCCAUGGCCGCUUCGCCAAAGUCCAGCCCUCAGUGUGUCCAGACUGUGUCUCUGUCUGAUGAAAGAGACCUGCUGCCGGUGUUGUGUUUGGUGAUCGGCCUGAGCACGCUGCUGUUUGUACUAUUCGUUUUAGUGUUCCUGUACCAACCAAGACCAGUGAGACCAGUCAGUGAAAAUCAACCCAAGAGUCUGCCAUCAGUUCAUGACCCAGUUUCUCUGGUUCCUCUGGCUCUGGUUCCUGUCGACCUCUGUGACAUCCACCUUGAACUCUCGGACCACGUCUCCGUCCAGUCCUCCUCCAGUGCCUCUUCCACUGUGGACCAGAGCUCAGCCUUUGGAACCGUGUACCCAUGUGACCAGGACCCCCGUCCAGGUGAAGCAUGCUGGGACAGUGGAGGGGCGGAGCUGGGGCAGUGUGUGGACUCUGGAAUCAGCAUCAUCACUGCGUCCCACUCCUCUGAGGACACAUGUAGGACUAAUGGAGACUGAAGAAAAGACUCGUGGGUGGAAUGGUGGGUUUGGGUGGGGGUCUGCCCUGUGUUGACAUGAAAAUGACCCUGACACCUGUCUGAGAAGCAAAUGGAUUCUGUAAACAACUCCAUUUGGUACUUGAUUUGUUUUAUAAAUUAUAUGAGAAAUGACAUAUCUAGUGUCAUAUUCCAGAAAAUGAGGUUUUGUGUCAGCUGGUGUUAAAAGGAAAAGCUGUACAAGUCAACAGAGUAUUUAUCUUAAGUCUGGAUUUGGCACAGUCUGGUAUUUUCACAGCAGGACUGUUGGUGUAUGUGUAACCUUACCGGCUGUGGACGCGCAUCCUAGAAACAAACUAAUAAAUAAAAGAACGUGUGUGAUUU